UUCCCUUUUGCCCCAAAACUGUCUUACAACAUCACCAUCAUUCUUCUUCCUCUGCAAUCAUGUACAUCAGCCAUGGCCUCAUCACCCCACUCUUCAUACCCCUCUCCAAGCUGAGAGAGAGAGAGAGAGAGAGAGAGAUGUUGUGCUGUGAUGAGCCUCUGUGACAGCCACCACUGUCCACACUCAUGGCCAUGAUGAGCUGAGGACAACUCUUGUCCCUCUUGACAGCAUGGACGUUAGUAGAAAUCCAAUGAUCUCUCUCGAUAGCAACCUCUUUUUGCAUGGAUCUCAGGGAUGCAUGCCAACCUACUCUAAAUUACUCUGUACUGCGCUAAUGCAAUCACAGUCUCCAAAAUCCCACGAACUCCUCCCCACCUCAAAUUAAUAGCAGCAAUUAGGCAGAUUGGUGUUCUUGGGAGACUAGAAUAAGGAGAGAGAGAGAGAGAGAAGCCUGAAAAGACUACCUGUAUAGUGGAUACUGAGAUACGGAGGAAGCCAUCAUUGCCUUCCUCGGAAGAAAUGGAAGCCUCCUACCAAAUCUCCCAUCUCAUUUGUUUUGCUGAAAACAUUUCUUCCUCAGCCCAAAUAAAGAAUUGAGACACAGUGAGAUGAGCACAUCCUACACUCCAUCAUGCACUGUUUGCUCAGUGAUUAGCUUUUUAGUUGAAGGAGAGAGAGAGAGAGAGAGAGGAACUCCAACCAACACACGGUCAAAACAGAGAUUAGAAAGGCAGAGGAGAGACCAGAAGAGCCUUCUCAUCUCUUUCUUUGGAGACAGUUAAGGGAGAAGAAGGGGAGCAAUGAAAGGAACUCAUGAGGCCGGUCUUCCUUCUGCCACUAAACAAUGUGUUAUGGCAGAAUUCUCCAUCAGCCUUCUCCCUCCGCAGGAGACACCCAUCAUUGCCCUCAAACCAUCAUCCCUUGAAGCUUAGGAAGUUGGGCUUCCAAGCCAUCCCACCAACGUUAAAUCACCACCUCCUACUUACCCUGCCUCCACCCCCACCCAACCACCCACCCACCCACCACCGUUGGUACUUUCUCUCCACCAUGAAGCGUUCUUCCAACUCCGUCAACAGCUUCUUCUCCUUCCUCGCCCAUGGCAUCGACGACCUCGAUGAGUCCCUUACGUCGAACACCUUCAUGUCGCUCCAGUUCCUCCAGCGGGCGGUGGCGCUCCUCCGGUCCCUCCACUCCCGGCUGACCAACCUGGUGCAGAAGCUUCACCUCCCGGUCGGCGAGAGGUGGCUCGACGAGUACAUGGACGAGAGCUCGCGACUGUUGGAUGUCUGCCACGUGAUCAAGCUUGGGGUCUCGGGCAUCGAGAAUUACUGCUCCGCUGCAGCUGACAUGAUCUCCUCGCUCGACGAAUGGCGCCACAACCCCAGUCCCCACCUUGCCCGGCAGGUGAUGCGAGCAGUCUCGAUUUGCCGGAGAGAAGCCAUGGGACUGGAAGAGGAGAACAGAGUGCUGGUGGAGACGAGGAUCGAGCCCAUGUCCUUCCGGUUUGACGAUAGGCUGUCGAUGGAGUCCAGAUACAACGGGUUCAAUGGCUUCAGAGGCGUGCUUUACGCACUGAGGAACGCCAGCUCCUUGCUGCUGCUCAUCCUGCUAUGGGGAUCCGUCUCCUGCUGCCCGGAACUGGCAGUCACCGACGGCUCGCUCUUCUUCGGCUCAGAACUCAUGGUCUCCAUGGCGAGCCUGCAGCAGAGGGUGGUCGGAGAGGUGGAAGGACUGGACGGCCGGUCGGGAAUUCUGAUGCUCGAGUUCCGGCAAGCCAGGGCGGCGACCGAAGAGCUAAGAGACGAGCUGGAGACAGCUGCAGCCAUGAGAUGUGGACCGGAGAUCGCCGGGGGAAGCCUAAAGGAGAAGGUGGAGGAACUCAAGGGGUGGUUUGGGAUGCUGAGGUCGGGAACCGAGAAUCUAGUGGGACAAAUGGAUGACUUCUUUGAUGAGAUCGUGGAAGGAAGAAGGAAACUGUUGCAUCUGUGCAGUCACAGGUGAAACUGUAGAAGGUUCUCAUCUUCUCCUGUUCUUCGGGUAGCUGUUGUCUUCUCUACAUGUUGAAGCAAUGGAGGAAGAAGACCACAGUAGGAGGUCAAGAAGCCAAAUGACUGCCGUAGAAAGGAGGUAUUUGUUUCUGUGCAACAAAGACAAAGCUGAGGUCUAUUAGCUGUGCAAGUGUAGGCAUGUUGUGGGGUUGCAGGAAAAGGCAACAGAAGAAAGGGACCUUUUUCUUCUUCUCUUUGCUUUGUGCCUGUUGUUGUUCCCUUGUUUUCCUGUGUGGAACUGUCUUCCUGCUUGCCAGGGAAAGGGUUGGGUUGUAGAUUCCUCAUCUGUAGUACAGAUUUAAAGUUGAA